AUCUGGAACCCGUCGCCCGAACCGUGGGUCGCGCCUUUUCUGACGAGUCAGACAUGGCGGCGGAAAGCGGUAGCGAUCCCCCAACGAAGCGGAGAAGGCGCCGGGACCCAGAAGAUCCAGAAAAAUCCGAACCGAGCGAGAGAGAGUUGGCGGUGGUCGUAGCGGGAGCCCGAGAGAAUGACGAGGAGAACGAAGAGCGCUGGGUCGGGCCUCUACCUGUGGAGGCCACACUGGCCAAGAAGAGGAAAGUUCUUGAGUUUGAAAGAGUCUACCUUGAUAAUCUCCCCAGUGCAUCCAUGUAUGAGCGCAGUUACAUGCAUAGAGAUGUUAUCACCCAUGUGGUAUGCACCAAGACAGAUUUUAUUAUUACUGCCAGUCAUGAUGGCCAUGUGAAGUUCUGGAAAAAAAUAGAAGAGGGAAUCGAAUUUGUUAAGCAUUUUCGUAGCCACCUUGGAGUUAUUGAGAGUAUUGCAGUUAGCUCUGAGGGAGCAUUGUUCUGUUCUGUGGGUGACGAUAAAGCAAUGAAGGUCUUUGAUGUAGUGAACUUUGACAUGAUCAACAUGCUGAAGCUUGGUUAUUUUCCAGGACAAUGUGAAUGGAUCUAUUGCCCAGGAGAUGCAAUAUCUUCAGUUGCUGCUUCUGAGAAGAGUACAGGAAAAAUUUUCAUUUAUGAUGGUCGUGGAGAUAACCAGCCACUUCAUAUAUUUGACAAACUCCAUACAUCUCCUCUUACUCAAAUAAGGCUAAACCCAGUUUACAAAGCAGUGGUGUCUUCUGACAAAUCUGGAAUGAUUGAGUACUGGACUGGGCCUCCUCAUGAAUAUAAAUUCCCAAAAAAUGUGAACUGGGAAUAUAAAACUGACACAGAUUUAUAUGAAUUUGCCAAAUGUAAGGCUUUUCCAACCAGCAUAUGUUUUUCACCUGAUGGGAAGAAAAUAGCUACCAUUGGAUCUGAUAGAAAAGUUAGAAUUUUCAGGUUUUUAACUGGAAAACUUAUGAGAGUCUUUGAUGAAUCAUUAAGUAUGUUUACUGAACUACAACAAAUGAGGCAACAGCUACCAGACAUGGAAUUUGGUCGACGAAUGGCAGUAGAGCGUGAGUUGGAGAAAGUGGAUGCUGUAAGAUUAAUUAAUAUAGUUUUUGAUGAAACUGGACACUUCGUGCUAUAUGGAACAAUGCUCGGCAUUAAAGUUAUAAAUGUAGAAACAAACCGGUGUGUGCGGAUCUUAGGCAAACAAGAAAAUAUUAGAGUGAUGCAACUGGCUUUGUUUCAAGGAAUAGCCAAAAAGCAUCGUGCUGCAACUACUAUAGAGAUGAAAGCUUCUGAAAACCCUGUUCUUCAGAAUAUUCAAGCUGACCCUACAAUAGUCUGUACGUCUUUCAAAAAGAAUAGAUUUUAUAUGUUUACCAAACGAGAACCAGAAGAUACAAAAAGUGCAGACUCUGACCGAGAUGUUUUUAAUGAGAAACCUUCUAAAGAAGAAGUCAUGGCAGCUACUCAAGCUGAAGGACCAAAACGAGUUUCAGAUAGUGCCAUUAUCCAUACAAGCAUGGGAGACAUUCACAUCAAACUUUUCCCUGUUGAGUGCCCUAAGACCGUGGAAAACUUCUGUGUUCACAGCCGAAAUGGUUAUUAUAAUGGACACACAUUUCACCGUAUAAUUAAAGGCUUCAUGAUUCAGACAGGAGAUCCAACAGGUACUGGUAUGGGAGGAGAAAGCAUAUGGGGAGGAGAGUUUGAAGAUGAAUUUCAUUCAACAUUACGACAUGACAGACCAUACACUCUGAGCAUGGCAAAUGCUGGAUCGAAUACUAAUGGAUCCCAGUUUUUCAUAACAGUCGUACCAACACCUUGGCUUGAUAAUAAACACACAGUAUUUGGACGAGUAACUAAAGGAAUGGAAGUUGUACAGAGGAUCUCCAACGUCAAAGUCAAUCCAAAAACAGAUAAGCCUUAUGAGGAUGUCAGCAUCAUAAAUAUCACUGUCAAAUAAAAUUUGUUUUUGAAAACUAAUAUGUAUAUUAAAUAUAAGGCUAUUUCACAUUAGGAAGUUUGAAACUUGCUGAAUAUACAAACCAUAUUUGAAAAGAUACAAAACUUUUUAUAUUUCUAAUUAAAAGUUUUUAAAAACAAAA